AUGAUUCCAUGCGCUGCUCUCGCGACGUGGCCCGCUGCCGAUACCAUCUCGAUUGAGUCAUCACGAUACGGGCGACAUGGUUCGCGUUCCGUUUUGGUCUACUGCGAUCAAUUUGCAAAUUGUAUUGAUACAUCAGUCUAUUUGUGGAUCCACAAAGUCUUCGAGGACGAAGCCGAUCUAGAUAACAGCCGUCCGCCUGUUUGGACGGCGUGCGUGGGUGUAUUCUGUGCCUGUUCCGAGGCGGGUUUCGGUUUCCGCCGGCCGCCGCUGUUACGGCGCUUCGGCCCCGGCGGCAUGAAGACGUCGGAGGGUGGACAACAAUGGGCGCGGCACAAUGCAGCCGAUAACUGCGCCACUCCGUCACGCCGCCGACAGGGUUAUCGCGUCGGGCGCAAUGAGGCCGGCACGCCCGCCGCCCCGGCCAUGAGCGCCGGCGAUUCACCUGCGAAAACGCUCCGCCCCAGUCACGAGCUUGAGCGGAUUUCAGUUCGAAACAACCCGAAUGGCGUAGUGGGUAGUGUACCUGACUUCUGCGCCAGAGGGUGUGGGUUCGAUCUCCACUACUGGAAAAAUAUUGUG